UAGAGCUACUCCACCUCGGUUGGGCCCUAUGUGACAUUCCUGCCAGCCAGCCUGUGGGAGGAAUGAUGAGCAAGGCCUGCAGUUACAGGCAAGUGACACCCAGAAGCCACAAACUCCUGUAAGUUCCAGCUUCUCUACACGACACAAGCAGAGCAAUGGCAUUGUCCCUGGAAGAAUUUGUACACUCCCUUGACCUCCGGACCCUCCCCAGAGUCCUAGAGAUCCAGUCAGGCAUCUACUUUGAAGGUUCUGUUUAUGAAAUGUUUGGAAAUGAAUGCUGUUUGUCAACAGGAGAGGUGAUUAAAAUUACUGGCCUCAAAAUUAAGAAGAUCAUAGCUGAAAUUUGUGAGCACAUUGAAGGUAGUGAAUCACCACAACCAUUUGAAUUGCCUAUGAAUUUUCCAGGUCUUUUUAAGAUUGUGGCUGAUAAAACUCCCUACCUUACUAUGGAUGAAAUUAUAAGGACCAUCCAUAUUGGAUCAAGUAGACUAGGGCAUCCUUGCUUCUAUCAUCAGAAGGAUAUGAAACUAGAGAAUCUCGUCAUAAAGCAAGGUGAAAAAAUCAUGCUCAACUCAGUUGAAGAAAUCAAUGGAGAAAUAAUGGUGAACUGUGGAAUAGUAAGAAAUCAUCAAAACCACUCAUUUACUUUGCCUUUGUCACAAGAAGGAGAAUUCUAUGAGUGUGAAGAUGAACGUAUUUAUACUCUAAAGGAGAUCGUUGAAUGGAAGAUUCCAAAGAACAGAACACGAACUGUGAAACUUACAGAUUUUUCAAAUAAGUGGGAUUUACCUAAUCCAUUCCCUGAAGGCUUUUAUGGUGCUCUGAUACUCAAGCCUGUUUAUGAAAUUCAAGGUGUGAUGAAAUUCCAAAAGGAUAUAGUCCGCAUCCUCCCCAGUUUAGAUGUUGAAGUCAAAGACAUUACUGACAGUUAUGAUGCCAACUGGUUUCUUCAGCUAUUAUCUACACAAGAUCUUUCUGAGAUGACCAGUAAAGAGUUCCCCAUUGUGGCUGAGGUCAUAGAAGCACCUCAAGGAAGCAAGCUCCUCGCCAGCAUCUUACAGCCUGGGAAAACCAUUGUGAUUCACAAGAAGUAUCAGGCAUCAAGGAUCUUAGCUUCAGAAAUUAGAAGCCAUUUUCCUAAAAGACACUUUUUAAUCCCCACUAGCUAUAAAGGCAAAUUCAAGCGGCGACCUCGGGAAUUCCCAACAGCUUAUGACCUCGAGAUAGCAAAGAGUGAGAAGGAACCUCUCCACGUGGUGGCCACCAAAGCCUUUCACCCCCGUCAUGAGGAGCUUUCAUCCGUAUCCGUCGGGGACCAGUUCCUAGUGCAUCACUCACAGACAACUGAAGUCCUCUCUGAGGGCGUCAAAAAAGUGGUGAAUGUUCUGGCCUGUGAAAAAAUCCUCAAAAAAUCCUAUGAGGCAGCACUGCUCCCUUUAUACAUGGAAGGAGGCUUUGUGGAGGUGAUUCACGAUAAGAAACAGUACCAGAUUUCUGAGCUCUGUGCACAGUUCCACUUGCCCUUCAAUGUGAAGGUAUCUGUGAGAGAUCUUUUCAUUGAAGAAGACAUUUUGGCUGCUACGCCAGGACUGCGGUUGGAGGAAGCUAUCACGGACUCUUACCUACUCAUAAGUGACUUUGCCAAUCCCACAGAAUGUUGGGAAAUUCCUGUCAGCCGCUCGAAUAUGACUGUUCAGUUAGUUAACAAUUUGUCUCAGGAUACAGGAUCAUCUCUAGUCAGGACUCUGAUCGAAGAGAUCACUGAAGAACAAUAUUACAUGAUGCGAAGAUAUGAAAGCUCCUUCUUGCACCCCCCACCCCGCCCUCCCAAACAUCCCUCUGUGGAAGAAGCAAAGCCACCUCUGCUAAGCAUAGCAGAAGAGAGGACAGUGGGUCUGCCCAAGUCUCCCAAGAGUCUCCAUGUAGAUAUAUCCAAGAAACUUCAUUCCCAUCAAGAUGGCCUGAAUUCAAAAGUACCAGUUGGUUGUCAAAAUGCUUUGGCUGAUCUGGAGAAAGAGAGAAGCAAGAGUGGAGCAACGGCAGUAGCAGGCACCGAUGGAACCACAGAAAUGUUCAAAAAUGAAAAACAUUAAAAAUAACAAGAUGUGACUGAAGCCACUUGGGUAGUGAACAUAAAUGUUACGAUGGAAAAGUGAGCCUGGCCUUCUAGCUGAAAAACAACGAUUUCCCGACGGCCCCACAGGAACCGCGAUUGCCCGGUGCAAAGAAGAAAACAGCUUUGAAAGCUACAGACAAAACAAAGAAGAAAUCUCUGUAUAGAUGUUGCAUAGUCUACCCUGUUGUGCCAGAACCUUUCAGUAUUGUUUCAUUGUCACAAGGACAUGUUGAUUUAAUGUGCACAUUCUGUGUGGUUCUUAUUUUCACUAACAACGAUUAAGCAAUUGGAAAAUGAUUUUAUAUUUCAGUUUCAGGGUAAAACAAGUACAAAAUAGAAGGACAAGUCACCAGAUAUUUACUUUUCUUUUCACAAGUGGUUUUGCAUUUAUUUAUUUAUUUUUUUUUUGGUGUUCUCAUCAUUCGGUUAAAAAUAACUUUAAGAUAUUAUGGAGUGAUUUAAAAUACCCAGGUUUUGAAUCUUACUCACUUGAGGCUGCAAAAAUGAAUUUUACUUCCCAUUUUUAGUUUGUGGUGGAAGUUCCCUGUAAAUAAGUGUGUGGAGGUUUAAUAGUCCACGCUGCCGCGAGGCUCAGGGGUUUUGCUAUAACUCUCUCCCCUGUUUCCUAACAACCAGAAUUCAUGACCACAAUUUCACCAAAGUCCUGCUUUAUUUUAAUGUACUGUAUGUUAGAUAAUCCUUUAGAUGGAUGUUUAUUAGGAUCCUGGGAAAACUGUUGUAUUUAUGUAUUAUGUGUUAAGUAUACAGGGACAAUAAUAUUUUGCAUCUAACAAAAUAAAGAGACAGAUAAGUUUUCUCAUUGAAGUUAUACAAGAAUUUAAUGUCAAGCUUUGGUUUUGUUCAUAGGUCAUAAUCUUUACAAAAGUUAUUAAUCUCCUAUGCCCUAAAUUUUUUUUAUGUAUAGAAACAAUUCAUUGGUUUAGUACCAAAGAGUUUUUGAUGACAACAAAUCACUAGACAACUUUUCAACAAAAAGGAAAAUCACAGUUACAGACUUUUUACAAAAUGUUUAUACAGUCAUGCACCCCUUAACAAUGUUUUGGACAAUGAUGGACCCCGUAUACAAUGGUGGUUCCAUAGAUUAUAAAGAAGCUGAGAAAUUCUAUUGCCUAGUGACAUCAUAGCCAUCGUAACUUGAUACACAGAGACUGCAAAAAUCACCAAAGCUGGGGAUGAGAUGGCUAACAACCUUACCCGAAGUGUGGAUAAGGGUGACUUUGAGGAACACCUAGAGGUGGCUCCUCAGCAAUUCAUUAAUGAGAAAUUGUUGCAACUAUUACAGAAACACAGAGCUGAAGGUAGAGGGAAAAUGCAGAAGAAGAAGAUGAACCCCUGGGGAAAGUCAGUGAAGGAUUUGGCAGAAGCUUUUUCACACCUCAAAAAAACUCCUCAAAAAGUUUGAAAACAGACUCUGAUCCGGAAAGGUAUUCAUGGUACCUUAUCUAUUUACAAACAAAUGUAUGAUG